UGCAGCGGGAGAGAAAUUUCAGACCGUCGAGGAAAAAAAAACCCUUCGAGCUGCCGGCUGUUUUGAAGCAACGACAACCCACACUCUGUAAGCAGCAGCAGAAGCAGCAGCACUACUGCCUCAGCCGUCUUGCCAGCUCCUCCCAUCAAGAUGGCCAACAUCAAUUACUUGCUGUACGAGUCGGCGGCUGGUUAUGCCGUCUUCGAGGUCGUCAACCAGGCCGACAGCGUUGGUCUGCAGCUCAAAGAGGUGCAGAACUCGCUCCAGAACCUGGCCACCUUCAGCAAACACGUGAAGCUCGUCAACUUCACCCCAUACCGAAAUGCCGCCGAGACGCUUGAAAAUGUCAACCUCAUCUCCGAGGGUAUCAUGCCCGACUACCUCAAGUCCAUCCUCGAAUUGAACCUCCCCCAGACCAGUGGAAAGAAGUCCAAGAUCGUCCUCGGUGUCCAAGACAGGAAGCUUGCUGGCGAGAUCAGCUCCACCUUCAGCGGCGUCGAGUGCGAGACGAGCGAGACCUCGGAGGUUGUCGCCGACCUCCUCCGUGGUAUCAGGGUCCACGCCGAGAAGCUGCUCAAGGGCCUGCAGGAGGGUGACCUGGGCCGUGCCCAGCUCGGUAUGGGUCACGCCUACUCGCGCGCAAAGGUCAAGUUCAGCGUCCACAAGAACGAUAACCACAUCAUCCAGGCCAUCGCGACUCUGGAUGCGCUCGACAAGGGCAUCAACCAGGGCUCCAUGCGUGUCCGUGAGUGGUACGGCUGGCACUUCCCCGAGCUGGUCCGCAUCGUCUCCGACAACGGCACUUACGCCAAGCUGGUCCUCGCCAUUGGCGACAAGAAGACCCUGAGCGAUGACAAGCUGCACGAGAUCGCCGCCGUCAUUGACGACGAUGGCGAGAAGGCUCAGGACAUUAUCAACGCUGCCAAGAUCUCCAUGGGUCUCGACAUCACCGAGUCCGACAUGAUCAUGGUCAAGUCCUUCGCAACCUCCGUGGCCAAGAUGGCCGACUACAGGAAAUCGCUUUCCAACUCCCUGGACGCCAAGAUGGGCCAGGUCGCCCCCAACCUGCAGUGCAUCCUCGGAACCCCCGUCGCAGCCCGCCUGAUCUCGCACGCCGGCUCGCUCACCAACCUUGCCAAAUACCCUGCCUCGACCCUCCAGAUUCUCGGUGCCGAGAAGGCUCUCUUUCGCGCCCUUAAGACCAAGGGUGCUACACCCAAGUACGGUCUGAUCUACCAGUCGUCUUUCAUCGGACGCGCCGGUCCCAAGGUGAAGGGUCGCAUCAGCAGAUAUCUCGCCAACAAGUGCAGCAUGGCAUCGCGUAUCGACAACUUCUCAGAGCACCCGUCAGCGCGUUUCGGCGAGGUCCUGAGGCAACAGCUUGAGGACCGGUUGGAGUUCUACGCCACCGGCAAGAAGCCAAUCAAGAACGAGGAGGCAAUGAGCAACGCGAUGAAGGCCAUCCUUGGUGACGGCAACGACGACCUUGCUAUUGACACUGAGAUGAUCGAUGCCCACCCCACACAGGAGGCCGAGGAGGGCAAGAAGUCAAAGAAGGACAAGAAGGAGAAGAAGCGCAAGAGCGAGGCCAUGGACAUCGACGAGCCCACGGAAAAGUCUGACAAGAAGGACAAGAAGAAGCGGAAGAGCGAAGCAGAUGGCGACAAGAAGGAAAAGAAGAAGAAGAAGGACAAGAAGGUCGAGGCCUAGAGUGCUUCGCCUCUUGAUAAUAAGCCUCUUUACAUCCCGAAAAGCCUACCUGAACCCUCAACCCCCAAGUCCCGCGGGCAAAAGAGACAGGUCGGAGUCUUGGAGUCCCCCAAGAGCCUGCCUGAAUCUGGUCCUGGUCGCGCCGUGAAAGCAGCUGAGCAGAGGGCGCAGCAGCCGGAGCGGCGGGACAAGAGGGCAAAGAAAAGCAAGGCUGAUUACAUGCCAGCCCUCACCCCGCCUUCCACGCACAACAAGAUCCUGGAUGCCCAGGAGCGGCUCCUGAAGGGCCAGAAGAAGUGCGAGGACAGGGCCAAGGCCCAUGUUUCUCCCAAGAAGCAGGCCAGACACAGUGGGGAUGUGGGAUCUUGAGAUAUCUGGUGGGCUUCGUGCGGUGAUUUCCAUUCCUAUUGAUCUUGUUCGUGGGUUCAUCUCGGAGUUGCGAGGGCGUGCGGGAGAAAAUCGGCAUCGGAGUUAGGGAACCAAUUUUUUUUUUUUCGUGCUUGCAUCUCAUUUUGGUUCGGUCCUCUUUCCUCGAUCAUGGCCUAUUUCAGGCCCACUGACUGACUGGCUGGCUGGGUUGACAUAUCCUGUUGUACAAUCAAUCACAUGAUCGAUCAAUCAAUCAAACCUCAUACCCGUUCA